CGCUCCCAUUGGCCGAUGCCGCGGCUUCCGCCGAGGCCCGGGAUUGGUAGCGGAGGGGCGGUCGGCAAAAGGCGGCAGCAGGCAAAAACCCCGGCGCGCGCCGCGACAGCAGUCCGUGCUCUGCUUUCCAAGUCCCACUCUCCAGCAAAGCUCCUUCAAAAGAAGAGGCUGUUCCCUGUCCCUGUUCUGUUGCACGAGGAUGACAGACUAAAGGUUUGUUGUGUGAUGGAGGCAGUGUUGAGGUCUCACUGUGAUGAACAGCACCCUCAUCAGGCUGAAGACUUCCGUGGAAAGCAUGAGGAGAGCAGCAGGCUCUCAGCAGGAAUCAAAAAAGAUAUUCAAAAGCUUUACGAAGCAGUGCCACAGCUUGUGAAUGUGUUCAAAAUCAAGGAGAAAAUUGGAGAAGGUACUUUUAGUUCUGUUUACUUGGCCACAGCACAACUACAAACAGGACAUGAGGAAAAAAUGGCUCUGAAACACUUGAUUCCAACCAGCCACCCUCUGCGAAUUGCUGCUGAACUUCAGUGCCUCACAGUAGCAGGGGGACAAGAUAAUGUUAUGGGAGUUAAAUACUGCUUUAGGAAGAACGAUCAUGUGGUUAUUGUUAUGCCAUACCUGGAACAUGAAUCCUUCCUGGACAUUUUGAAUUCUCUUUCCUUUGAAGAAGUGAGGGAAUACAUGUUUAAUCUAUUCAAAGCACUUAGGCGCAUUCACCACUUUGGGAUUGUUCACCGUGAUGUCAAGCCCAGUAACUUCCUCUACAACAGGCAGCUGAAGCAGUAUGCCUUGGUUGAUUUUGGCUUGGCACAAGGAACCCCUGAUACAAAAAUUGAACUUCUCAAAACUGCCCACUGUGAAGAUCAGCAGGGAAGUUGUUCGCAAAAUAAUCCCGCCAUAGCCUUGGGAAAUGGGGUUUCUGUCAGUGUCACAGCACCUACACAGACAGCUCAACAGUCAGCCUCAAAAGCAGCUGAUAAAAGGUCCAGCUCACUAUCAAAAAUACAGAUUAAACAAGGAAGAGGAGGAAAGGAGGAUUCUGUGCACCAUUCUGUCCAGCGCUCUGUCUUUGGAGAGAGGAAUUUCAAUAUCUAUAGUUCCACAUACCAAGAGUACUCGAGUACAAAACUCAUAAAACAGUCCAAGAUAAUAGAUGUUUCAUCUAGGAAGUUAGUAACAAAGAAGAAGAUUAUUUCUACCAAAGCAGUGAGCAAUGGGGCAUCCAGAAAAGCUGCUAGUGCCUGUCCCUCAAACCUGACCUGUGACUGUUAUGCGACGGACAGAGUUUGCAGUGUUUGCCUUUCAAGGUGUCAGCAAGUUGCUCCCAGGGCAGGAACACCAGGAUUUAGAGCACCAGAAGUAUUAACAAAGUGCCCCACUCAGACCACAGCUAUUGACAUGUGGUCUGCAGGAAUCAUAUUCCUUUCUCUGCUCAGUGGACGGUAUCCAUUUUACAAAGCAAGUGAUGAUUUAACUGCUUUGGCACAAAUCAUGACAGUUCGUGGAUCCAGAGAAACCAUUCAAGCUGCUAAAACUUUUGGCAAAUCAGUUUUGUGUACUCAAGUUGUCCCAGCACAAAACUUAAGAACCCUCUGUGAGAAGCUGAGAGGAACACAUAGCAGCUGUAUGAGAUCCCAGGACGAAGUGCCCAGCAAGGCUGGAAAUGACUCAGCUUUGCCAGACAAACCGUGUGCUCCUGCGCCACUUGGAAGGCAAAUUCAACAGUUAAAGAGUUUUCAGGAAGGUGAUGGUGCUUUAGAAAUGAAGGCAACAGACAUGAAAGGAUGGGAUCAGGUUCCUGAUGAAGCAUAUGACCUACUUGACAAGCUACUAGACUUAAACCCUGCAACAAGAAUAACUGCAAAAGAGGCUUUGCUGCAUCCUUUUUUUGAAGACAUGAAACUCUGAGAAGAUCCCAUGUUCUGUUCUUCCUUUCAUGCAUUUAAGUAGAAAUGGGAUACUGAGAUAGUUUUGCCUCGUUACUCUCAAUAUUUACACUCUGUGAAAUGCCAUCACACUGUGCACAGAACUACUGAAGUUGCCUUGUACAGCUGGACUGCAAAUGUCAGUGUAAUACUUGCAGAUGUAAAAAUGACAUAAACAUCACUAACAUGGUCUUAUCCUAAGACACUUGUGAGGGGUUAUUGCUAUGCUUACCUGUUCUCUGAGAAAGUUAACUUUGAUCAAAAACUACAAAGAAAAAGGAUUUCACAAGCUCUAUGCUUAAUUCUUAACAUAUUCCCUUAAAAUUUACAAACUUGCCUUAAGGUACAACUGAAAUAUGGAAGUGCUUGAGAGACUUUUUGGCAUACUUACAUCUCUCUGCCUUGUUCCCCAUUAGUAUGUGGGGGGCUGACAAUGGAACAAAGUGUGUUCAUUUUGACUGUUUUCAGAGAGCAGGUUUUCUUUGGGAGUGUUGCUGGAGGAGGGGCCAGGUGAUGAGGGUCGUAUCAUCAAAAGGAAAGCAUAACUGUUUUAACAGUGCAUUUUUUGUUCCUGUCUGGGCUUUCCUAUGCAGGCAAUAGUAAUAAAUGCAGUUAGUAAUUUUGCAUAGCCCAUGUUUCCUCAGUGCCAUGGGUAACUGUCAAUAUUCAACAACUCCUGCCUUCAGAAUGUCUCAUGUGACGUGCAUAGGUUUGAUUUCUGUUAUGGAAACUGAUUUUUUUAAAAUAAUACCUUUUAAAUAAAGGAUUUGUUUUUACAACUUCAGAAAAUUAUCUAGAGAUGUUCUAUAAAAGUCAGGUAGGGUCUUCCUGUGGGACGGUGCCGUUCAGGAAGAAUCGUGCACAUUUAUUUCCUGCAUAAAUUCCUCAGUGAUAGAAAUGCUUUUCAGAUAGCUCGAGUGUAUUCAGCUGUUAAUGUGGAAGUCUCUUAAUUAUCAAGGAAGUCUUACCACAGAGUUAGGAACUAUUUUCUGGUCCUAAAUAGGAAAACCAACCAAUAACCCCAUACAUUCAAUGUGCAAAGUGAGUUACAUUAUGCUCAGCAAAAGUUACUCUAAACCCCUUGAUAAUUCUGGAAGCUGAAACCUUAUACAGUGUUUUUCCAUGUGCAUUUCUUGCAAUGCUAAUGGAGUUGCUAUAAGAGGUUACAAACCACUGCUUUGAUAACUCCUAUAUAAGUCCUCUCGUAUGAGCUGAUGGUUUUGAUAGUGCAAAGGUCCUGACCAGGGAUGGGGCUGCAGAGACAUCAUUUCAGUCUAUUCAUACCCUACAACACACACAAAGUGGGGGUAACCUUGCUCUGUUCCUGGCAUCAGCUGUUGGAGAAAAAUCUUUGCAGAUGUCAGAAUAUUGAUUGCAGAAACUUGAAGCCCACAAGCCCCAGAGGCCCAGGUCUUGGUCAUUUUUGCUGUUUAUGUAAUUUAAAUGCAGCACGUCACUGAGAAAUUAUUUGUCUAAAGGAACUGUGGCCAAAUUUGGCAAGCAAUGCUGUCUUGCCAGUGUCUCCAGCUGUAUUGUUUCCUCCUACGUUCCCUCACACUAUUGUCUAAUGAGAGCACUAGCUGACAAGAAGCAAAAAUAUGUUAGCUAUCUGUUGUUGAGCUUUCUAAAGGGCUUCAGCUCUUCAAGCUUCCCUGCCAGGCACAGCACUGAGCAGCUCCUUGCAGCCAGCACUGCAAACGUUACCAUUGCUGCAGUUUAACAGCCAAACAGGGAAAAAUCAUUGCUGAUGGUGUGUUUAUCAGAACUUUAGGGGUAAACAGAAUUCUGUAAGGAACAAUUCUAAGCUUUGUAUGUCCUGUAAUGUGCUAGAAGAGCACGUCAUUAUUCCUGCUUCCAUACACCUGUUAAAUAGGCUAAAUAAUAAAUAGGUUAAAAUCCA